UGUCAACAAAAACACUCGCCGGGCAGCAACAUUAUAUUUCAGGCGCGUAUGCGGUCACCCGAAUUGGAGGUCCUAGCGGAGAAACAGGAAGUGUUUCUGUAAACAGACUCGCAGUCCGCGGCCGAAGGUAAUUAUUUGACUGCAGUCCGGCACCGUGUGAAGCUGAGAGAGAAAUUCUGCAUUAACAGAAACUUAAACACACAUCAAGGUUAAACGAAAAUAAGAAUACAGCGCGGACGAUGACAGUUCACAAUCUGUACCUCUUCGAUCGGAACGGGGCGUGCUUGCACUACAGCGAGUGGAACCGGAAAAAGCAAGCGGGGAUAUCGAAGGACGAGGAGUACAAGCUGAUGUACGGCAUGCUGUUCUCAAUCCGCUCUUUCGUCAAUAAGAUGUCACCUCUGGAUAUGAAGGACGGCUUCCUGACUUUCCAGACCAGCAAGUACAAGCUGCACUACUACGAAACGCCUUCGGGGGUGAAGGUGGUGAUGAACACAGACCUGGGGGUGCCCAACUGCAGAGACACGCUGCACCAGAUCUACAGCACGAUCUACGUGGAGUACAUUGUGAAGAACCCCCUGUGCAGUAUGAACGAAGCCAUUCAGAGCGAUCUGUUCUGCUCCAAGCUGGACAGCUUCGUCAGGGGGCUCCCCUUCUUCUCAGCCCGGGCCGGCUAACUUCUACGGGUCACUUGAACCCCGUCCCACCCCCACAAAUAAAAACAAUGCUAACUUUCUUAUUCUUGCAAUGAGAAGGGGCACGAAACAGGGUUUCAAAUGUACUGACAGGCUGGAUCCAGAUGGUCAGUUUCUGCCUCUUGAGUGAGACUCGAGUCGCUCUCAAAAUGUAUUUAAGAUGAAACUAGAGUUGUAGGAUUAAGACAUGAAUUAAAAAAAAUAAAAAACUAUGUGAACAUAA